UGUAUACCUGAAGUACCCGGAUGUAAAAUUGAUGGAUGUGGCUCUCCAGUAGUUUCAAGCGGUACUGUUGUUGUCGGAAAUGAUUUUAAAGUUGAAGCUAGAUUAAAGUACGCAUGCGCUACAGGAUAUAGUAACAACGGAAGUAGUUUGAUCACGUGUGAAAGCAAUGGCCAAUGGUCUUCACUUGAUGCUUGCACGCAAGAUGCCAGUCAAUGCCCCCUGACAACAAAUUACCAAACGACUAAACUGAGUGAUCACACGAAUUUCAAAUACUGGUUGGUCCGGGGUAACAGUUUAUAUACCCAGGCAGAGGGAGCAGCACUGUGCCAAACAUGUCAGGGCAAACUUGUUGAGAUCCUCACUACUGCCAAGUUGACAUUUCUUAGAUAUAUCCUCACCAUGCAAGCUGAAGAUAUUGAUUAUUGGGUCGACGGAUCGAACGCAGGUGCCGCCAACUUCAGCUCGCACGACUCCUGGACCACGGCAUCGGGGGCAAUUAUACCAUUCGAUAUCGGUCUAUGGGCGCCGGGGAAACCCGACUUAUUAGAUGUUCAACACUGCAUCAGAUUAAGACCCUCCUCGGGCUACUAUUUCGACAACAAGGCCUGUGGUGUAUUGUAUAGAGUUAUUUGUGAACAAUAAUAUUAGAGUUUUAUGUGAACGAGAAGAGUUAGCAAACUUUUGAUUCCGAAAAGCAAACUUACUAAAAUCACCGAAAGUGUAUUUGUUUUUGUAAUUGUUAUAUUUCUACCCCGUGAUUUAAGCAGUGAAGACUUUUCCGAAAUGAUUUAACACGGAGAAAAGGUGAAAUUUA